AUGGCGAGGAACCCAUCAUCGACUACUAUGACAACCAGCCCUGGUAAGCUUCAAAAUUGAGUUUUAUUUCUUGCUAAUGCACUUAGAGGUGUAAAAGGAGAGUCCUUAUAUAGCUCUACAGAAAAUGUGUCUUGCAAUCAAUUAAUUUUUUACUUAUUUGCCAUGGUUCAUAAUUGAGGGGACGGUAAUAAAACUUAAUGGCAAAUUUGAAAUUGAGGUACUUUGUAAGAAUGCAAAAUGUUCUUGUUCAUUAAUGAAUUUUUCGCAUUAAAAUACGUUUACUCAAUUCGGAUAAAUACGAAACUGUUUUUAAUAGUUGUAGUAAGUGAGUGGUAUGGAGGAAUAAAAUUGUUCCCAUGCCGCAUGAAAGAGCAGGCACAUGUCUAGAACAGCCUGAUAGUUACAGCGGGCAUUUUUGAAAAUUGAAAAGUCAAGUUGGCGAGCACGCGUUUUCGGUAAUUCUUCGUCAGGCCAAUACAAUUACGUGAAGGAAUGAAAAUGUACAAAAUCAACAGUGUUUAUAGAUGUCUCAAGGGCUAUUAAGUCACUAACACUCAUCAUCCCCACGCCGCCCGCAUGAAAAGGUCGGCGGGUGUUAGUCGUCAGAGCUAGGGGAGGGGGGUAAGAGAGUCUUUGAGUGAUGUUCUUGAGUGGAGUACACGGAGUACCCAUCAUCGUGAUUAGGGAUUUGAGGCGGCAUGGUUUCAUCACUUGGGGUUGGCGUUGGCCACGGCAGCGAAAGCGCUUGUGUCAGCGUUUUCUGACAGCAUAACACCGGAUUCACUAACCGUAUAGCUACUGCCGUUGCUAGUAUCCGUUGGCGUAGGCCUUUAGAGAAGCAUGUUGGUGUCCGGUAGACGACCUGAAAUGCUUUCUUGGCAUCGACUCGGCGGUUCGUAUUGAUUAAAUGCGCGAGAAUAGAACUCGAAAUCGACCGGGUCUCACCUCUGUCUAGCCAGGCGGGCAUAUGUUCACGCACCCUCUUAACCAGGCGUCUCGUUGUGCGGCCGAUGCAUCCUGCUCCACAGGAGCAAGUGAAUGAAUAAAUGCACAUUGAUGUGGCCUCCAACGGUAGUCUGUAUUUACUUCCCGAACGUAGGAGGGGAGAGUUUGUGAAGUUUAAGUUUCUGAAAAUGUUUUUUGCAUACGUUGUGAGCCGGCAGAUUCUCCUUCAAAACUGUCGUAGUCGUUUUUCGUCCCUGAGUGUCGUCCCAACAACAGAAUUCUUUGGGACGUCGGUGCAUACCUUUCUGCUGUUGAUGGUGACCUGUCUAACUCCUGGUAGGCCCUCUCCGUACUCCAUGCUCGUCCAACCCAGUUUUGAAAGUAAUCACAUUGAAAAGCCACUUUUUCGAGGAACCGCCGCCUACCAUUUUCAUUGACCACUUUUGGAAACAACAUUUAUUAUGGAAGGUUGGGUCAUUCAAGAAUGAAUCCUAUCGUCAAAAGUACACCUUAGUCAACAAAAAGGGGCUAGAUCGCAGUUGGUAGCCAGAUCCUGUAUUACAGGUAGUAGGGGGUUUGCUUAUUGGGGUUUUUUGUGGUGCUACGUAAUCACAUCUCACUCAUUUGGCUUCCGUUCUACGUUUGAGGUUAGGAUAAGGGUACCAGUUUAUGGUGUCCGAUUUCCGGGUUAGAGUUAUGCCAUUUAGGCCUAGGGUUUGGGGUUACGGUUAGCGUUCGAGUUUACAAUUAGGUUUCAAUAUUACGGUUAGGUUUUACUGCUGGGGUUAUGUCUAAGGGCUACGGCGACGGUUACGAUUUCGGUUGGGGUUAGGGUUGGGGUUAAGGUUUCCGUUAGGGUUAACGGUUAACGUUUAAAGUUAAGGUUUGGGUUAAGGGUAGGGUUAGGAUUAGGGUUAAGGUCACCGUCAGCUUCUCCAUUCCUGGCUGCCAACUGCGAUCUAGCCCAAAAAGGAUCUCUGGACUGAUCCUACUUAAAACCUCUUGGUGUGGUUAUGUGCAGUUAAGAAUCAGAGUCUCAUACGCUUCGUCUUAUUGUAUUUUGAAACAACGCUGGUAAAUGAGCUCUGCAAGCAGUCUUAAGAAGCCUGUAUUUGCUGUAUGACCAAUAAAAUACAUCUUUCUUUUUAUGUAAACCGCUUUUAUCCCCCUGUUCAUGUCUGCACAUGCCUCUACCACUUCAAAUCAAUUAAUAAAUUGCUAAAUUAGUACUGAAAAUACCUAGGUGGCCAAUACUGAGGUUUAUUUGCCAUAAAGGUUUACAUUUGCCUUAAAACCACGAGAGAGCAAAAGUACAUUGACCUCUUCGUGAAAGAAAUUAGCAGUAGACUGUUGGGGUCGUACUCCUGUGUUUGUUCACCCCUUUCAAUUCCCACUGCGGCCAAACAAAUUGCUGCGUUUAAAACUUCAGUUAGUAUUAUGGCAUAACGCUCCACAAUUUCGAAAAUCCGUAUAUCAAUUCUGGGUGAGGCCUGAUUCAAGAGCUUUUGUUUAUAUAAAGCUCCACUCUGAUCGUCUUUGCUCCACAGCAUUUAUUCACGUAGAAAUUUGUCGGAUUUAAUGACAUGUCCGGUUCUACCUACAACAUCCUCCAUGCUUUGUUUGUUUUAACGUAUUCAGCCUAAGACCAUGCUUUCUACUGAGCAUAUAAAUGAAGAAAGUCAAAAGAAAGGCAUUUCACACACUCACGGCCACUGCAGCUUAUGCGUUUAAUUGCCGCUGCAUAAACCGCUCUGUGGCAAGGUAGAAUUAUUUAAAGCCACUUGAGGGAUUGUUCAUUAGUCAUGCUACCGCAAAAUACUGGUGCAACCCGAUAACGAAUACAAUUCAUUUUAACUCUUACAGAUAUUUCCCUAAAGACAUAAACACACAAGUAAAGAAGUAGGCGGAAAUGUAAACGGUUGACUCCAUUAAUCGAUGUAGAGAACAUUCAAAUUAUCAAGGCAUUUUAGCCACUUAGGACACAUAAUGUCUUAGGCAAUUUGCAAACAUCAGACAUACUACCAAUGCAGGUGAGUAUCCUCCUUGUCCGACUUCAACACACAUUUUAGGUCCCUAACUGUACUAGCCAGCCAAGAAGUUAUCGAAAGUACUGUUCGCUCGCCACCUUGUCUUGUGAAUAUAACAAUGGGGAUUUCACAAAUCUUAAAAUGAAUGAAGAAGUACACCAUCUGAAAGUCAUCUUACUGACAAAAAAGCGAAAACCGAAGUACAAGGGAGGCUGAUGAGACCGGGACUUAUUUAACGCGGUAAAUACGCAGAUGUUUAAAAUACGAAUACUCAGUCCUAAUCCAAGCUUCUUCACAUCUCAGCACCCGCGUUCAAACGCUUCCACAUUCAUGAAGAAGCAAUCUUUUUGUUCAACCUUAACAAGAAACAUCUGUCGAGUUUUAAAUCUUUUGCGUCACCAAGUCGAGUAGUUUUAAAAAGUAGUACAGGAGACAUUUAUGGCGUUGCUUUUUAAAGCGAGUGUAGCGUAGAAAAAAAUGCCAGGGAAAAGGAGGGGAUGGCGUGCUUACUUGACUGGCGGGGGAAGCAGCAUUACCACAGGGAAGGCACAAAAUGCAUUGAUGAACAGAGGACUUGACAUUUCUGCCGCCUCUGCCUUUGACAACAAGAGCCUCCGGGACGCUGCCGGGCCUCUAAAAAUCGCCUAAAAAACUGAGGUCAACACAUGACAAACUGACGGUGCAUUCAAACCCUUUUUUCUCCCAGGGUUACGCAGGCAUGGCCCUUCAAGACUUCCAUCAAAGAACCGACCAGUUUGACAUUAAUGCACCUUUUUUGUCUAGGGGCCGACAGGGAAGUGAAUGCACAGCCCGCCUCGACUAAGAAUAAUGCUUAUACUUUGGCGACUGGCAGGCCUCAGUACAAGUGUUUGAUUUGGGUAUCCCUGCUUUGAUAAACUCAAAGUAUAACCCAAGAAGGUUCAUUUAUUUGGCUGGAUUUUGGCAUUUCUGUGAUUUGUCUCCAUCCGCCAAGUGAUGCGGUAGUAUUUUUCACUGUGCAUAUGAUGCGAUUCCCGAGGGCACAAUUCGACUUUAAUCCACUUUGAUUUUGAUCAUGCCAGUAGACAAGAUUUUUGCGCCAGCGACCAGCGUAUUGCAUUAUUUAACAGUUUUCGAUACAUUGGUAGAGACCGUUUCGACCGUCCCUUCAUUGACAGACGACUUCCAGUUGCCUACACGACAGCCCCAACUAGUUUCAAACUGUGAAAUCGUUGUACAUUUAAUUUUUACGAGUAGUCUCGUCUACGUGCCGACCAUAGGGUUGCAGUGUGCAUAUAUGAAGUUAUUAAUUAAUUGCAAGAAAUGCUACGAGGUAUAUGGAAAUGGGUUUUCGAACAAAAGGACUAUCUACGUGGGGUUGUAAUAAGGAUCAUCAUGCAGUAAGAGGUCGGCUUAUGAAUUUGCUUUAUGUUAGCCGCUUGCAUGGGCCGCAUUAGGAAAAAAUGGCUUUAUAGCUUGCAUACCCGUUUCAAUUUAUUUGAGGGUCAGAUUUGGCUAUGUAGCCGCACCUAUGGUAAACAACACCUCACCACCAUUAAUACAGGACCAGCGGUAAUAGAGGCUUUUACAGGUCGGGCCGGGAAGGCAUAGGUGAGGAGGUCAAGUACUUGUACGUAAAAGAAAAGCUAUUGGAAAUGUGGGGUUGUACUUUGGGUGGUUGAAAAAUAGUUGCCCUAACCCUAACUCCCGACCUUAACCCCUAACGCUAACCCCUAACCCUAAUCCCUGACCGUAACUACCAACCCUUAUUCCCAACCCUAAACCCGACCCCUAGGCCUAAUCCUAGACCGUAAAACCUAACCCUAACCCCUAACCAUAGCCCCUAACCCUUACCCCUUGUCCUUGGCCUUAAUCCUAACCCUCAACUCCUUACCCGAAUCCUGAGCCCUAACCCCUAAGACUAGCCAUAACCUUGAUCCUCACCCUUUAACCCUGACCCUUAACCGCGGCCCCAAAGCUUAAUCCUGAAACAUCCAAUGCAAAAGUAAGGAGAUGAGAGGCCAAAAGUCAGGAAGGACUACCUCCAUUGAACCAAAAAGGUUGAUACGGAAACAAAGAAGCAAGGCCGUUAACAAACCACGCUCCGCGACGCACAGCAACGCCACGUCAACGUAAUCGCACUAACUUAAAAAGUUAAGUAGGUCAACAGUAUUGUGUCCAUCAGUUGCGACUACAUAACCACAUCUUACCUGUUUUUGAUUCCCAUUUAAACUGUGGUAUAUUUGAAAGAAACCAUGCAUGGAGAAAGUCUUUUCUUGCAUUUGUUUGGUAGCUGACCAUCUCUCUAUCAAAUGUUGGAUAUUGUAUAUGUGUGUUUCACAGAAGCUUGUAAUUCCUGAAUAACUUUAACACCAAUUUCCCGAUGUGUUUUCCGUUCACUCUGAUCCAACUGUGGGAAACUCAGUGUGCCGUUGGGAUUUGAAUUCACGACAGCAAGAGGAGGCUUUAGUACAGUCACCCUUCUAACCAUCUUAGCUCGAGGCCCCACCGGACGACGCGAGCUUCAUCAUAUUUGGGUCAAGUUUACCCGCCCAACCCACUGCAACGACUGGAAUCCACCAAAUCUGAUACAGUAGGUUGACUGGCCAAGCAGGAUUUCCAAAGUAAUGCACCUUGAAUCCACCAGAUAACUACCAGGCUCACGUAAUUUGGGGUUGUGUUGGCAGAUUUCAAAUAAUCCAGGUGAGACUGUUAGUCAUCUGGUGAAUUCAAGAUGCAUUUAUUAGGAAAUCCUGCUUGGGCAGUCUGCGUACUGCAUCGGAUUUAGUGGAUUCCGGAUAAUGUAGUAGGUAAACUUGACCCAAAUGGGGUUAAGCUCGCGUCGUCUGGUGGGGCCUCGGAGCUCAGAUGACUAGAGUGUUGGCUGUACUAAAGCCUCCUCUUCCUGUCGUGAGUUCAAAUCCCAACAAGGCACCGAUUUUUGCAUAGUUGUGUCAAAGUGAAUUAUUUGAAAUCUGACAAAAUACCGCCGUACUUUCCUUUGUCAUUUAUAACCUCUUGCGUUUAACCUUUCCAUGUAAGGGAAUUUAUGCAUCGUGUGUGUCGUUAAGAAGAUUUUAUAUGGAGCCCAUAAAAUUGCCGAGUGGAAGACUGCAAUUGUGUAACUGGCAGGUUGGAUGCUACAUGAACUGACACCACAUGGUAUGAAAAAUCUCAUAAUUACAAACUUUUGAAAUCAAAAUAUAUACCUUCAGAAGGAGUAGAUGUAAUCGCUGGAACAUGAAGUUUAUUGGCCAAUGAUCGUAUCUUUUUCCUCUUCUAAUUUUUUUCCGGAACUCGCCUGUUUGUUUUUAUCUGAUGAACCUUCUUUUAAGAAAGGGAACGUGAAAAGGACGUUUGUGGCUACCAACUAAGCGCAACAAAGAAUAAUUUAGUCAGUCGUUUCUAGGAAAUAUCUGAAUUUAGAAGGACAUGGCAUAUUACAAGAAGAAUCACGUAAGUUACGUAUCCAUUGUUUACCAAGUGCUAUUUAAGCAGUCUGGUGAAAUACGGUACAUUCAAAGGGUGAAAUUUUGACGUGACUAAAAUACCUCACGAUUAUGCUGCUUGAUAAUCUAUAUUAUAAGUCCACUUGAGCUAUCAGCUUCAAUCGUAAGCUUACUUCAGAAUUUCUGUUAAUACUUCAUGCGAUUGGUCACUGACUGUAUUUAACUCUUCUGAUAAGUAGGCCGGUUAAUGGAUUUAUAAAUUUAGGUCAAGAGAAGGAGGUCACAGGUUGCUCGGAACCAAAACUUGCGGCCAAGUAAAGUCAUCAGGGCAUUACUUCAGUGGGCUACUUACCAAUUAUGUCAGUUAGCAACUCACCGGCACCUUCCAUAAAAAUGACCGCAAUGUUGGGCACUUUUGUAAGUUUGAAAUAAAUGAGAAAUGAGAAUACCUAGAGGUAAUAAAAUAGGCGGACCACGCCUCAUUAAAAUUUCGCGGAGGACAGGAGGGUAAAAAAUAACGCAAUUUUCUGAUGUAAUUUGCGCUUAGCUAUUUCAGCGCUGAGUAGAUAGGGAAUAAUGUCAAUAGCAGAGUUUAUUGGCGCAAACAAACUUCGCGACAGCUUCUCGACUACAACGUGUCGCUGCAUGACACAGAUAACGAAUGAUCAAUAUUUACGCCUCCUGAGCUUUGCGCGAAUACAAUGAAAAAAACAGGUGUAUACGACCUUCCGAAGACUGAAAAAUAUUGUCCCAUUAAGACGCUAGAUGCAGAAAAUGUCAGCUCCACAGCAACCUUCCUUAAAAGUGGAGGUCCAACACGUCUCAUUCAAGAGCACAGAAAUAUCUUAUUGUAAAACCUCACAGACUACUCAGUUUCUUUUAGAAUGAUGUAAAAUAUCCUUGCCCCUAAACGAUGGCAUCAUUUCAAUUAGAAUCAAGUGACGAUCGAAAUGCGCCAUUUAAAGGACGUGCAAUGCAGCCGAACCCACAUUCAGCAGUCCUACUAAAGAUAUCCCACCUCCACCGAAAACGGAUAUUUUGACAUUAUACAGUGCGUGACCGAUCUCACGAAAUGUUAUCUAAAAUUCUAAAAUGUGUUUUCGACUAUAAAGGAUUUCUUAGGAGGGAAUGUAAUACUGCUUAUCAUGCGAAAUAACCCUAUAGUAUUUCGGACUCACCAGGAUGUAGCCUUGUGAAUGCACUUCUUUUUGACCUUCUACAUAAACGACACUUGGUACACAAUGACUUCUUAUGGAGCACCCGUUUUUCUUAUUGAUGGUUUUAUAAAUUCAAAUAUAACUUACAGAAGUCAUGCAUAAAAUAUGCUUUCUUUUACUCAUUUGGUAGGAAAUCACAUCGUCUUUAAAUUUUAUGUCGAAGAAAGCGUUCAUUUAGGUUUUGAAAAAAGCUUCCCAGUUCGCAAAUAAUUUUGAGCCAGAGCAGCCGUGGCAUUAGCGCUUAGCGAUUUUGGUCUACGAGGUACAUGCCAUCCGUGUAAGAAUAAUCCUAUAUUCCCCUAUGCAUUUAGGAAGAUAGCACGUGGAGUUCGUUGAGAUUUUCUAAUGGAUGCUGGCCAUACUGUGCGUUUCAUAAGGAACACUGUUAAACGGGCAUAUGCGAUCCUGUAUAUAUGGACAGCACACGGUCUUAAACAUGUUAUAAUUAGGAACUUUUUAAAAACCGAAAGAUAACACGUCUUCGAGUACAAACUGUGAAGAUAAUGUGAUUUUCUACCAAACGAGUAAAAGAAAGUCUGUUUUGUGCAUGGUUUCUGUAAGAUGUUUUUGAGUUGAUAAAACGAUGGAAAAUCAAAGGGAAAAUUACAUUCUAUUUGGUGGCAAUUUUAUACCAAGUGUGGCUUCUAUAGGAGGGUGCAAAGAAGUGCAUUCAAAAGCUUACAUCCUGGUGAGUCCGAAAGAUUAUAGGAUUAUGUCUCAUGAUAAGCAAUAUUACAAUCCCACCCAAGUAAUCCUUCCUAACUGAAAACACAUUUCAGGAUUUCAGCCAGCAUUUCGUGAUAUUGGUCACGCACUGUACGUCACCUCAGAUUGUGCUUGUAGACGCAGAUGCAUUGGGCAGGCCAGUUAAAAGUUUGUUUAAAUAUCUGUAGAAGUUAAAAAAAACAAUUUCCGCUGUGCUAUCACGAGAAACGUCCUAGACAGUGAUCACUCCGUUGACCCCAAAACAUCCUUCCGAGUACUAGGUCAGGCACGAAUAACUCAGACAUUACGCUAACUAGGGUCGGCUUACAUACACCGGGAGAAAUCCCACCUAUGCCACGUGGGCAGCCUCAGCUUGCCCUAGUAAUCCUCAUUCCACAGAUUUACACACCCACUCUUGGCUGUUAGCUUUUGCAACUUUUUCUCCCCUUAAUUGCGUUUUAAGUAGCUUUUAUCAUUUAUUAAUCUAACACUAGCAUUGUGCCUUAGGCUGAUUUUUCUGCACAAGGUCUAAUGGCUGUUUGUUUUUUUGCUCGCUAUCUGUGUUAUUCAGGGACAUGUUGCAGUCCCCAAGCUUCCAUGACGUGUGCUACUUCCAAAAAAUCUUGCUGCGAAUGCUUUUUCAAAUUCAUACCAGGAAAAAAUAGAUUCAAACGUCAGUAGCAUGGCCGUUAACUUUUUUUCAACUGCUGAUGGUGGUGCAUAUGGACGGCUGAAAAACGUAGGUUGUCCGUACUUGACUGUUGGCGACUACUGCGCUCCUGCAGCACAGAUUUUUGAGAUAGCGAACAACAUCGCGACCGUCAGAACGACAAUCAGAUUGUUCAGCACUAGUUCGUCCACCCAUUAGAUAUAUCAGAGUAUAAUUAUUUGACGCCUCUGGAUUUGUUUGCUGGCUGAUGCAAGCAAAAGAAGGAUGCCAAAGGGGACUUGUCUGCAAGCUGAAACAAGCAUGCACGGCAGGAUUUAUCGUUACCAAAAAAUUUCUCGACGGCUCAUCAGCUACGACCUGUCGCUUAAUAACACAGAUAGCAAGUUAGAUGAAUACAACAGUUUGAAUGCGUACAGACAGUCAAUACAGAAACAAUAAGGUCAUGGUUUUGGGUAAUGCUAACUGAUCGAAAAUACUAGUCACCUUAACGCAACAAGGAAGGAAUAGUGGAAAAAACGUUAACAAUCAAGAAAAGAGAGGAAUGUGGAAAUCAUGAAGCUAUAGGUUACCAUGGCAAAGUUACGGCGGGUGGGCUGACUCGUGAAAUGUCAACCGAAAUUUCCAACUUCAUCUUUUUUACGAAAAGGGUAACUACGAAAGAUUACCAAAUUAAUCAACAUGUAGCAUAAUUCUAUAAUGAUUCGGCUACCUCUGGAUGUCGGCUUUUAAAUUAAUUACUUUUCGACUGAAUGUAGGAACUAUCCUUUGGAAAAAAAGACCACUCAUAUAGCAUGCAUUCUUCCAAUUUUAUUCUCGAAGGAAGAGUAUAAUUCGGUUUUCAAAAACUUUUUUUAAUUUUCGAAUAAUUAAAUUUCGGGGUUUUCAAACCACAAACUGUAUAAUUUCAUGUACGGCAAACCACACAUUUCUCUACGGUAUUAAGAGGGAACUAUAUGGGGCUCAUACAGUUGAGCAAUGGACUUGAGCCAUAUUUUUAACUUUACAAGACACGGUAUUAAAAAUCCCACAAUUAGAAACUUUAUUAAAACCGUAUUAUACCCUUUCACCGAGUAUAAAAUUGAAAGAAGACGUAAUUUGUUACCUAAAGAGCAAAAAAUGAAUAGAUUGAUGCAUGAGUUCUAUGAAAUAUGAUUAAAUUUUUAAGGGCGUCGAGGAUCAUUGAGAAAAAUGCAUGCUACUUAAGUGGUGGUUUUUUACAAAUUAUAGUUCCUGCAUUCAACCGAGAAAAAAAUGUAUUCAAAAGCCGACCUCCUGGGAUAGCUGAAUUAUUAUAGAAUUAUGCUGCAUGAUGAUAAAUUUGGCACCAUUUCUUAAUUGUUCUUUUCGGAACGAAAAUGCAUUUGGAAAUUUUGGUUGACACUUCAUGAUUUAGUUCACCUGCUGAAGAUUAACUACCUGUUCCAGCUUUUCAGAAAGACCUGGUUUCACUCGCCGUAUAUGGGCCAUCUCCAGGUUACGCAAUGUCCGAUUUGUUAGUGCCCGAAAAGGUACUCGGAAAGCAGUUUUAGGGUCGACAGACUGACCAUUAUAAAGCAGGUGUUUUGUAAUGUAGGAACGCGGGAUUCCCUUUUUAUUUGCUUUAGAAGCCAUCUAAGCAGGGGCUCAAUAUACCUGUUUGUCAGGUGCCUUUGCAUCCGCAUGUGCAUGUGAAUUCAUAAACACAUUUUGAAGUAUCGCAAAUUUACAAGGGUUCUUUCGCGUGCGGAAUUAGAAGAGACCUGGUAGGAUUGCCUGAUAUACGUUCAGCCGUAUUGUCUGUCCUUUCAAUGGUGCAAUGCAGACGUCGUUUAAUAAUAGUUACAGUGAGUGACCGAUCUCAUAAAAUGUUGUCUGAAAUUCUGAAAUGCGUUUUUGAUUGGAAAGGAUUACUUGGUCGUGGUUAUAAUAAGGAUUAGCUUCCGGCAUAAACUUAUAUAAUGUCAGACUUGGCAGGAUGUCAGCUUUUGAAUACAUCGCUUCUUAACCUCCUGUAGAAACCGUACUCGGGAAAAAUAUGACUGCUUAAGUAGCAUGCAUUUUUCCCAUUGAUCUACGAGGGUUUUGCAAGUUCAAAUAUAUUUUAUAGAAACCAUAAAUAAAAAUAUGCUUUCUUUUAUUCAAUAAAUAGAGAAUCACGUCUUCCUUAUAUUUUAUUCUCAAGGAAAUUUUAUAAUUAGGUUUAAAAAAAGUUUUUUAAUUGCCAAAUAAUUUGGAACCUGAUCAUCUGUUGCGUUAGCUCUUAGUGGUUUCAGCCUACAAAGUGCAUGCGUCCCGCGUAAAGUAAAUCGCAUAUUUUUCUAUGCCAUUAAAAAGAUAUUAUGCAGAGUCCAUAAAAUUUUGCAAUGGAUGCGGAUUAUGUUGUAUAUUUCAUGAGGAGCUGUGGUAAAAGGCCAGGUACGAUGCUAUGUGAAGGGACAUUGCGCGGUCUUAAAAAUCUCAUAAUAAAAAACUUUUUUAACCUAAUUAUACUCCUUCCUUGAGUAAAAAAUAUAAAGAAGGCCUGAUUUUCUUUUAAUUUACCAAAAAAAGCAUAUUUUUGUUUAUGGUUUCUAUAAGAUAUAUUUGAGCUUGCAAAACCAUCGUAAAUCAAUGGGAAAAUGCAUGCUACUAAAUUAGUCAUCUUUUUCCCGUGUACAGUUUCUACAGGAAAUUGAAAAGCCGUGUAUUCAAAAGCUGACAUCCUGCCGAGUCCUAACUGUUCUAAGAUUAAGCCGCAGGAUAAUCAGUAUUACAACCGCGACCAAGUAAUCCUUUCCAAUUGAAAACGCUUUUUAGAAUUUCAGACAACAUUUCUUGAGAUCGGUCACCUACUGUUAAAUACUGUCACCCUAAAAGGGCAAGGAUUUAAAAACGGGCUUUUUCGGAACUGAAUAUUUUGUCACUGUUUGAAGCGUAGAGUUUUACUUGUUGAUUAAGCGUGCAGGAUAUCGGGGCAUAAGCAGAGUUUUAUUGAUGUGUGUCAUUAGAGCAACUGUUCCUAGAGUGUACACUAAGUGCCGUUUCCAUCUUGUGGGUAAAAACUCAAGAAAUGCAAGGGUUGCCCUUUCCACGUAUCCUUUGAAAAAUGGAACGUUCUAUGGAACCAUCGUCCUGUCCAAACAUAAGAAGGUUCAGGAAGAAUAUUUGGUUGUAUUGUUAUUUCUACAUUGUAAAUUUGAUCUUUGGGUUUAGGUUAUGCAUAAGAGCAGGCAAUAUGUCAGUAUCUUUAGUGUCUUUGACAAUAGCAAAAACAUCAUCCACAUACAUUUUGUAGAAUGGUAGCAUGUCGACCCUAAAGCAUCCUUUCGGGUAUCUGUUCGGGCACGAACAACUCGGACUUUGCGGUAGCUGGAGUCGGCCUAUAUACGGCGAGUAAAAUCAGAACUUUCUAAACAGCUAGAACAUGUGGUUAAUCUAACUUUUCCACGGCAACCUUUGGCUCCAUGAUAUUCACAUUCCCCUAUUUUCUUGAUCGUUAACGUUUUUUCCCACUAUUCCUCCAAUACUACGUUAAAGUUCCUAAUCUUGUCGAUUAGCCAGCAUUACUCAAAACCAUGACCUUGUUUCUGCCUUGAUUUUCUGCACGAAUAGCAAACGGUUAUAUUCAUUCCACUCGUUGACGGGCGGUCGACUAAUUUUUUGAUAACGAUAAAGCCUGUCGUGCGUGCCUGCUUCAGUUUGCAGGCAAGUCCCCGUUGACAUCUUUCUUUUGCUUGCCUUAACCAUCAAACAAAUCCGGAGACGUCAAAUAAUUAGACUCUGAUAUGUAUUUAAUGGGUGGACGGACUUAUGCUGAACAAUCUGAUUAUUGUUCUGCCGGUCUCCAUGUUCGUCACUGUCUCAAAUUAUUUCUACAAAUUAUGCAUGACUGUUGACGUGCUGCCGCGACUGUUUGGAAUGACCUACGUCAGGAUUUUGCUUUGUGCAACAUUUUCACAAUGGACGUUUAGGAGAUGUCAAGUUCUUUAAAGCUCCUUUUGUCGACUUUCACGGACUACGAGCAAAAACUGCUCCAAGCCUAAAAGCUACAAACAGUUCUAGGAAGGUCAUCGCAAAAACCUGUUGAUUCAAAGCAGUGAAUAAAACUGCCUUCCGUGUCUUUUUUAAUGUCCAACCAAAUAUUUUUCAAAAUCAGCGACGUAACUGACUGUCUUUGUCUGUUUGGAAAAACGUUUUUGAUUGAAAGACAGGUCUGUCGGUUGUCGGUCAGCGAUUAUUUAUCUCUACCAUUUUUAUAGCACUAUAUUUUUCUGAAACAGAGACAUAUAAAUACACAUUUCUUACGAGCAAUCAAGUCAACUGACACCGUUAAGAUUUAUUGACAACAACUGCUCGGUCUAACAACAUUUUUUCAUCAAGCAACCGGGCGGCCAAUCGUCUAAAUAGCAGCCAGUGAUUUUAAGGCUAAACGGCGAUUAACCGCCUGGUUACUUUUGCCUAACCCGACACGUAAUAUAACUGUCACCCGAAAGAAUAAUCGUUUUUAAAAAGUUGCUUUUAGAUAAACCGACCAAUACCCUUCCUCCGAGCAUAACACUGGAAAAAGACGUCAUUUCUACCGAAUGAGCGAAAGAAUGAAUAUUUUCUGCAUGUUUUACAUGAACAAGUAUUUGACUUUUAAGGGGAUCAAAAAUCAAUGAGAAAAAUGCAUGCUAGUUAAGUAGUCAUUUUUUGCAGAGUAUUGUUCUUGCAUGCAGUCGGAAAUAAGUUCAUUCAAAAUCCAACGCCCUGAGGUAACUGAAACAUACUAGAAUUUGGAGGCAUGAUGAUCAGUUUUAUAACCCUACUUAAUUACUCUUUUCAAAAGGAAAACGCAUUUCGGAAUUUCGGUUGACAUUUCAUGAGUUAGCCUACCUACUCUAUCUCACGGGUGGACGAGCCACUGCUGAACAAUCUGCUUGUUAUUCUGCCGGUCGCGAUGUUGGUCGCUAUCUAAAACUUUGUCUGUUAAUUAUGCAUGAAAGCGGACAUGCUGCCGAGACUGUUUGGAAUGACCCACCUACACAGUGAGAGGGCGGGUAUGCAGUCCACGUGAGCCGUCAGGCUGUAUUUUGUGUUUGCACUUUUCCAUUCUAUCGCCAAGGUGAUUGCUAUGCAUGUUGCAGUGGCAUGUGUUACGUCAGUGCUCUCCACCUGACGUUGUUUUGAAUUUCAGAUUAGUAGUAUGAAUUCAAGUAACGCUGACGACAGUUUGGUACUUUAGCUGUGAUGUAUGCGUGGUGGCAAUGUGCAGGGAGGUUCCUAUGCUACCCGUUCUAUACAUACUCGACUGUUAUUUACAGAACGGUCGACCCACGAGUGUCAAAGGAACAUGAAAUUCAGCAUUAAACCAAACUGGAUAGAGGGAUCUUUUAGAAUUAUUCCCCAGCACCGUAUGUCAUCCAUCAAGCAAUAUGAUACCCAUCUCGGGGUAUGGCGUCGGGGCGCUUUAGUACAAGGGUCCCGUUGCGUUGUUUUACUCUGCAUCAGGGACUAACAGUAGACGUGCUAACUCAUGAAAUGACAAAGAAAAUUUCGAAAUGCUUUCUAGUUUCGAAAAGAUAAAGUAAGUAGUGUUGUAAAACUAAUCAUGAUGGAGCAUAAAUCUAUUAUGAUCCAGUUACCCCAGGGUGUCGGCUUUCGAAAGAACUUAUUUUCGGCUGCAUGCAAGAUCUAUACUCUGCAAAAAAUGACUACUGAUGUAGUAUGAAAUUUUCUCAUAGAUUUUCUAUGCCCCUGAAAAUUAAAUUAUAUUUCACGGAAAACAUAUAUAAAAUGUUCAUUCUUUUACUUAUUCAAUAGCAAAUCACGUCUUCGUCCAAUUUCAUACUCAAAAGAAGAGUAUAAUUCGGUUUCAAAAAGGUUUUUAAUUGUGAGAUUUUUGAAUUCCGUUAAAUGGCCGUUCAUGAAACGCCAUGUAUCUGCAUUUACGAAUGCGGGUUGUAAAGUUAACGAUAUUACUCAAAUCCACUGCUUAAUUUUAUGAAGCUCAUAUGGUCUCAUCUUAACACCGUAGAGAAAUGCAUGGUUUUCCGUACACGGAAAAUAUACAGCUUAUAGUUUUUAAACCCUGAAUGCAAGUGUAACAGCAGGUCGGGUUCAAAAUUACUCAGAAAUUAGAAAAGUUUUUUAAAACUGUAUUAUACUCUUCUUUUGAGUAUGAAAUUGGGAGAAGACGUGAUGUUCUACCGAAGAAGUAAAAGAAUGCAUAUUUUUAUGCAUGUUUUCCAUGAAAUAUAAUUGAAUUUUAAAGGGCAUCGAAAACCAAUGAGAAAAUUGCAUACUACAUAAGUAGUCCUUUUUUGCAGAGUAUAGAUCUUGCAUGCAGCCAAAGAUAAGUUCCUUCGAAAGCUGACACCCUGAGGCAACUAGAUCAUCAUAGAUUUAUGCAACAUCAUGAUUAAUUUUACAACACUAUUUAAUUUAUCUUUUCGAAACGAGAACGCAUUUCGAAAUUUUGGUUGGCAUUUCAUGAGUUAGCACAUCUACUGUAUGUUCCGGUUUUCUAAAUACCUCAUCCCAGUCGCCGGAGAAAGCAUUAACUUUGGAAUCUAAUCGCGCAGACCCGGUUGAAUUUCCGAGCUCGACUGCUGCCGUGAGGAUAUAAAUGCUUUCAAGCGUAACCCUAGACCUUCCAGCCAUACUAUGCUAUGCAGUACAGACCACAGGUUUUGCCCAGGAAGAGUGGAAUAUUAUAGUAGGUAGCCUUACUCAUGAAAUGUCAGCCGAAAUUUCAAAAUGCACUCCCACUUCGAAAAGAUUAGUUAAGUAAGGUUGUUAAACCCGAUCAUCAUGCGGCGUACUUCUACAAUAAUCGUUAUCUCAGGAUGCCGGCUUUUGAAGGAACUUUUUUCAACUACAUGCACAAAUUAUAUUCUGUAAAAAUAACCACUUAAGCAGCAUGCAGUUGUCUCAUUGAUUUUCGAUGCCUUUAAAGCUUCAACUAUAUUUCAAGCAUAACGAUAUUUAUUCUUUUACUAAUUCCAUAGAAAAUGACGUUUUCUUUCAACUUUAUACUCGAAGGAAGUGUAUGGCUCGGUUUAAAUAAUGGUUCUAAUUGUGAGAUUAUUUAAUACCAUGAAAUGACCGUUCAUAAAACAUCGUGCCUCUGCAUUUGUUAACAGGGUUUGCAAAUAUAACAAUUCUGCUCAAAUCCACCACUUAAUUUUAUGAAACCCAUAUGGUCUCCUCUUAAUACUGUAGAGAAAUGCCUGCUUUUCCUUACGCGGAAAAUUUACGGCUUGUAGUUUAAAAACCCCGAAUUUAAGUGUUAGUGCAGGUCGAGUUCAAAAUUAUUUGGGAAUUGGAAAAGCUUUUGAGAACCGAAGUACACGCUCCUUCGAGUAUAAACUUUAAAGAAGAUGUCAUUUUCUACCAAAUGAGCAAAGAUUGAAUAUUUUUAUGCCUGUUUCCAAUGCAGCACAAUUGAAUUUUUAAAAGCAUUGAAACCCAAUGAAAAAAAUGCAUGCCAAGUAAGUAGUCGUUUUAUGUAAUGCAUAGAUUUUGCAUGAAGUAGAAAAAAGGUUCCUUGGAACUGCGGCCUCCUGAAUUAUUGUAGAAUUAUGCUGCAUGAUGAUUGCGUUUAACAAGCCUACUUAAUCAGUCUUUUCGAACCGAGAACACAUUUUGACAUUUUGGAUGACAUUUCAUCUUUUGCUGUUCAUUACCCCUUAGUCAGCCCUAAACGUUAUUUCUAGACCACUUACCUACGGGUUGUUUAUUAUUUCUCAUCUCAAUUUUAUCAUUUCUACAGACGAAAGUCGGUAGUUUUAAAUGGCUCGUUUUCUGGACAUUUCACGGCAUAUCCGAUAGGUCUAUUUUAGACCAGGCACAUGGAACCGUCAGCCUUGAUGAAAAGAGUAUAUCGUCCUCCAGGAGAAUGUCAUUUCCUAAGCUGUGCCUAUUUCAUCUCAAAAAGUCAUUAACCGCCCAGUGCGUGUAGGUUCCAUCAUACAUAAUUAUAAAGACUGUAUAUCGUUCACUCUCGUCAUACAAGAUUGCACUUUAUUGAAAUUCGAGCCCGCGUGCACCAAAUAUCUCACUUUUAAAAACGCUUAGUUUUAUUAUAAACGCGGGUUUUUUUGCCUAAUAUCGUAUGGCAAAGUUAUAGGUCAUAGAUUUCGGGCCUCGACACACAGUUCUCUGGCGUUUUCCGACUGCUUUUGCAGGUAUAAACCCGUUGCGUAUUUUAUGAGACGCAAUAAUAAAACAGAGAAUAAUCAGCUACAUGUUUCAGAUAAAGUACGCACUGCACAUAUAUUCAAUUUUUGGUCGUAGUCGCCAUUAAUGGGGUAUUACAGCUAAAUUUAAAAUCGGCCUGGUUCUGUGCAGGAAGGCUUAUCGAAAUCAUUCUGUGCAUGUUUUCGGCGCAUUCUGACGUCAAAGCCCACACCCGAAAGUGCUCAAAAACCCCAAAAGCUGAUGCUUUUAUAAGUACAGCUUAUUUUCCGCUGUCCGACAAAGUACGGGUGAGACCUUGCAACGGCCAAAUGUCCUCAUAGGUGACCCCGGGUGCCUUUUUAACAUCAGGUGACCUCUACUAUUCGUUGCCAAAAUUUGCUAUGCCUUUCCGCUGGUUGGAGCCAAUGCACUAUAAAUACCCCGGCAGGUAGGCUAAGUAGCACCGAUGGACGAGGAACAUUUGGAAGCAGAGGUGCUUGUAGGUAACUAACGUGUAAUUACCGUUUUUUCGGCAGCACGAAUGUGUGGUUAUCCGACCUUUGAUGCUCAAGGAUUUCGAUUUAAUAUAGUUUACUCUGAACCAAAGGAAGAGUCUAAAUGUUUGAUUUUAUUUGUGCUGUCUUUUAACUUGAAAUCUGCUGCUGGGGUCUACCAGAUGGAUCAUCGAACCGAAGUUCAUCAGUGCCUCGCCACCUGCAAAAUAGUUUUACCGACCUAGGCAAGGGAGACUGUAAUGACCGUUUCGGGCUUACUAGCCGUUCACAGACAGUCAUACCCAGCUUUGAAAUGUGGAACACCUAGGACUCGAACUCGCGACCGGUUAGUUAGAAGUUCAUCGCCUAUAACCACUGGGCCGGGGGUCCGUUGUCCUGUGGGUUUCGAUCGGGAAUAUACAAUGGUAGGGGACGGUCAACGAUCGUUCUCAAGAAACUCACUCGUUACGUUGUGCCUUGAAGACUCUCUCUCAAGCCCAACCAGCGAUUGCGUAGCGGCGCAUGAUAAAGGCACUAUGUUAUUACCGACAAAGGCUAGGGAGACUGGGGUGGCCAUUUUUGUAUUUAUAGUCGUCGUUAGCCAGUCAUACCCGAUCAUUCUGCUUAUAUCAUGCGCCGCUGUGUGGCUGCUGGUUGGACUCGAGAGAGAGAGCCCGCAAGGCACAACGGAACGAAUCAGUUCCGCAAGAACGAUCGAUGAGCGCCCUCGACCAUUGUAUAUUUCCGCUCGAAACCGACCGGACAAUGAACCUGUGGCCCCGUGGGUAGAAGCAAUGGACUUCUAACUAACAGGUCGCGAGUUCGAAUCCCAGGUGUUCCACACUUCGAAGUUAAGUAUGACUGACUGACGACGGCCUAUAAACCAGAAGUGGCCACUCCAGUCUCCCUUCUCUUUGUCGGUAAUACCAUUCUGCCUAUAUAACAUGCGUUGCUGUGCUGCUGUUGGUUGGGCUGAAUAGAGACCUCGCAAGGCACAACGGAACGAGUAAGUUCCGUAAGAACGAUCGGGGAGCGUCCCCUACCAUUAUAUAUAAAUAUAUAUUAGGAUGCCUCACUGUGUAUUGCACUGCUAGCGAAUAAUAAUCUAUUUUAUAUAUGACACAAUCUGGUUGGUCAAUAUUUUAUUUAGUGUCUACAAAAACAAAAAUUGCCUUCCGGUAACCAAUUGAAGAGAGUCGAUGAUUUUAACAGGAGGCUCAUUCAUCUGGGCGUUUUGCAUCCUUCCUGAAAAUCAUCAUCAAAAGCAGUCGCAGGUAAAGAUUAUGGGCGCAGCAUUCACAGAAUGUCAUUCCCUGGCCACAGACACCUACCAUAAUUAUCUGGCCGGCAUUGUUCAGUCGCAUCCGAGUCGUUAGCUGCCUCAAUUUUGUCGUUGGCGUUGAGAUAUGACGUGAUAAUUAAUCAGCAAUUUAGCUCGUUGCUUUUGUCACUGAAAACGGUGUUUAGCCGCGCCCGUUCCGUGUGCUAUCAGCACUAGAUUCCGAUGCUUUGGCAACUUUAUCAAACUAAAUGCUUGCAUUACACAGGCUAAUAAAAUCCGUUGUAUCGAAAACCAGGUAGAUGUAAAAGUGUGAACUCUACCGAAUGCUUGCUAUCAACGUGAAAACUUGAGGCAAAGAGUCUAUCAACCUAGAAUUCUAUGCAAAUGCUUGAGUUGGUUGCGAUGAAAUAUAGCGGCAUGGUAGUCCGCGCGUCUAAACAUUUUGGGCUAUAUUGCCUAUAAUCCAUGAAGUAUUUUCAUCGAAUUUCUAAAUCAUACAAGCUUAAAUCUAAAAUACGUUUUAUCUACAGUUGUUCAGCUCGUAAGUUGUUCCCCUAGCCUUCCCCUUGUGGCUUUCAGGUCUAGUUCAAUUUCUAAAGAGGUGUCUACAAGUUCCACAUUCGUAACUAUGCAUUCAAACCCCCUACUUUGAUUAUUUUAGAAGUAUUUUGAUAAAACGUCACCAGCUUAAACGAACUUAACGACUAAGCUUUAUUCUUACAAAUCUAGUGGCAACAGAACUCCUUAGGCAGUAUCGUCACUUAUAACGCCCCCUACUUGCAAAUGUCUGAAAAAAACCCUGGUGGUUAUUCACACAAAUGGAUAAUAAACUAGGACUCUUACCAAGCAUGAUUCUAGUAUCAUGAGAACAACAAUAAAGGGUAUUGUCUUCUUCCCAUUAUCGUCUAGCCUCGCAUCUUCAAAAGGCAGUUUAUUAAACUGUACUUCUAACUGUAACGAAACAUGUCAAACGAGGCAUUCGCGAAUUUGUCAACUAAAAGUGACGACUUGGCAUACAAUACGAAGGGUAUUGUAAGUGAAAAUAUUGUAACUAGGACAUUAAACAAAGGAAACAAAAAGAAGUGUUCAGUUCCUCCACUCUGGCAAACCAGUUAAUCAACUGCAACGACAGUGUAUUAAACUUUAUUGCAAGUCUAUGCGAAGUUUCCGAUUUUCAAUAUCGCGCAUACAAACUCCGUUUUUAGAAAUAGAUCUUGCUUUGGUGGUAUGUUAGCAAGGUGUAUUUAGACUUAAAUUGCCCAAAAAGGUCAUCAGUUUGGGGGCUGAAACUUCGCUCGGUAAAUGUACAGUACAAAAUAUUUGCUUCCAGCGGAAGUAGGUAGUUUGCAUACCACACUGUUGUGUCUAUUUACCACCAAGUCAAUGACCAUUAACCGCCCUAUAUGAGUUUUUCGUCACAAAGCUAUCGACAUCCACAAACGUAUAAUUUGUUCUUAGUUUUCUGAUGUAGACCCACUCCAAAUGUUUUCGAAUAUUUAAUUUGAAGCGGGCGAAAAAAGUACUAACAGACAUUUUUUUAUUUUGAUUAUGUUGUUGUGAAAGACAAAUGCCAAGAAUCCUAGUCACGGUGUUCGCGUAGUUAAGUGCGCAAAAGGUGUUCCCAUGUUGGUCCGUUUUUCACCUGUGAAACGUGCUUUUUGCUCAUAUACGGCGUCCAAAAAUUUAGAUCAGUUCCUCCUCACCAUCUGGGGAAAAUAGAAUUUUUAAAAUGCAGUUCUCUAAUGGAAUUUGGAUUCCAGCUUCCUCGUGGAACCACGAUUUUAAGCACUUAAGGGAUCUUACUGAUACUUUGGUGUUCUGUUUGGCAAGAUGAUUUACCUCCCUGGAAUGCAGUUUACAGAAGGAACACUAAGUGCGGGAUAGGGUUUCAAUGCCAGCGGCAAACCCGGCCGAAUUACCUUUAUUCAAAUUUCUAAGAUGAGCUAUGCACAAAAACUUUGCGAUCAAGCAGGACAAAAGUGUCGAGCCCAAGUUACUUUAUUGUAAAAUGGGCUACUUUUCCAUUUUUUUUAAAUUCUCCUUAGGCGAACGCAUAAUUGCAUUUUUUUCUAAUGGCAACAUAUUCUUUCCUAAGGAAAAAGUCUUCUUACGAACUGUUGAGACAUUUCAUUUGAAUAAGAAGUACCUUCAGUUCUUAUUGAAGAAGCGACUGCCUAGAUAGACAUCUUUAUACCACUCGUGAAAUAGUGGUGGCUUAAAUUGUGAUGUUCCAGACCUUAUUCCGAUUAGCGAAUACGACAUUACUGAGAGAGGUCACUCAUAGAAAAGAAUGUUUUCAAGGUAGGCAGAGCGCUGAGAUUUUGAAUCGUACCAUAAAACUUUUGCCCGUUGUUUGAUUGCCAGAAAUAUAUUUUUGGGUUUUUUGGCAAUAAAAAUAGCUCCAGGUUCACCAAGAUGAGAGUUCCUGGGUACUGAUCUGAUGCAAUGGAGAAUAUCACGGAGAUACGGCUAAUAUUGUGGCUGGCCUUCUGGAAAACGGGCCGGCUCUCUAUUAUCAAAACGUCUUUCAUCAAAAAUCGGAAAGAAAUUUUAUUGAUUGGUCGUGCUGGUUGAUCUCGAUCUGAUAAAUUUUAUUCUUUCAUUGCCCCGGCCUUCUGUUGGAUAUUUGGAGGAGGUAACGACCUUCGUUAAACUCCAUCACCUCCAUGAAGGGUAGUUGAAUUUCUGCUUUCCCUCGGGAUGAGGUCUUCCCGGGAGGCAGUGGCCAUCUUGUCCUCGUAUUUGUAUGCGUAGUGACGCUGGAUAUUAUUGAUGGUAAGAAGGUAUGGACGCCUAUUAAUGGAAAUGGCAUCCGAAUACUUCCACGUGCCAAAUGCGUGACGUCCUGUCCCUUGGGUGCCGCAGCAAAAGAUGGCCGCUACUUGAAGGUCGAAAGUGUAACCGGGUUCUCAAAGGGGGUUUGUAGUGCGUGAGUUUGGGUUUAGCCUCCGCAAAUGCGUGCUUGAUCUGUUUAAUGGGCAAGGUAUUGUGACUUAGAGAAACAAUGGCAAACAUGCUGCGAGGGUACUUUUCUUGAUCAAUAAAUCUGUUUCCCGUAAACUGGCAUUACAGUUAAACAAGCAAGCAAAGCAUUUAAUGCAUGCUUAUGUUUAACGAAAUUUGACCGCACAUGUUAGGUUUGAGCACGCCAAUUUCCUCGCUAUUCUGUUUUAUGGAUGCUAGCACUGUAGCCGCGAGUUGACAAAGUAUUAUGUUGUCUUUCGAGGCGGUAAUUUAAGGAUUUUUUUGAAAAAAACAAACGAUGAACUCUGUGGGUUGACUGUUCAAACUUUCAUGAAAAUUUGAAGAACGAAAGUUCAAUGAGGUUUUUUGACGUAAAUGGAAGUCGAUAUUGCAAUAAAUUCCAUCAUGACUUCACAGACAGUGCUUAGAGCUUACAAAAGAUAUUUAAGCAGCUUCUUAGGCGUCCUAUGGUUUAUAUAUAGUUUAUGCCCGAAACUCGGGAUUUUGCCUACGGGAGCAUUGUUGGGCUUCUAACUCAUACACCUCUCAUAUGCAAAUCUCACUGAAAAAUUCAGAAAUGAGUACAUUUCCCGUGUAAAUGGUGUAACGACGUUAACUUUAGCAAAUGGCUGGGAUGAUAGAGUGCAAUAUUUGGGUAUUUAGUGUAACCAAAUAUGAUGAAGUGCAUAUAAACAAUACAAGUGCAGAAAGGCGACUUAAAUGCUGUUUGGAUAGUGGAAGCAUCACCAUUGCAACUGCGUGUGUUUACCUUAUAGAUGAGUAGAUAUCAGCUGAUUGCAGUUUUUUUCGAACGGAAAGGGAGAUGCAUUAACUGUAAUUAGCUGAGCACUUAACGCCGUCUAAAUAAACAGAUGUAAUGAGAGGUUUGGUAGUAUUUUUAUUGCAUUGGUUUUUGGAAUGCAAGCUUUCGCCUAGUCCUAAAAUAUUCGCCGAUUAUGGCUACGAUCUAAGAAAUCCGUAAAUGGCAAUACUGUUGUAAAUUUAUCCACUUUUGAUGACUUUUCAUGCAGCAAAAGGUCUUUUUCGGUGUCUUUUAAUAUCUUCCUUUUUAUCAAUCAGUUAAAAAAGGAAACAGGAUUUUGAAAUAUCUCGACGAAUUUGUUUCAAGUCCAAAAGUCACAGGCAACAUCUCAGAGGAACACUGUCUGAAUUCGUUAUGACAUGCGUAAGAUUGAAGUUUUAAUUAAUACGGAGAUGUAUCAUGAAAAAAGAGAUUAGAUGUGGACGCAAAUGGCGCAUUUGCUCCGAAGAAAAGUUGAUAACGUUUUCAGGGAAACUAGUUUUUCCAUUAUUUCAAAUAUCUUUUUCAAAUGUAUGCGGUUGCAGCUUACUGCCUUUGUCUACCUGCAAAACGAUGUUCACAUUUGCUUUUCAUACAGUCUUGGUUUACGUCUAUAUCGGUGAUUUACCCAGGCAAAUCUUAUUAAUAAUUUGAAUCCUCUCUAACCAAGGCGAUGCUACUCCAUUUUCGGUGAAUGGCAACUUGCCAUUAGUGUGGUUAGCUCGGGUGUCAAAGUCAUAAAUAUUUCCUUUAUACAGCAUCAUACCAAAGUAUCGAAAAGUACAAAGUCCGAAUGUUUGCGUUCCCAAUAAUUAACGUAAACUCGUUGAGACACAACAAACGGUGAUAUACCCAGACAAAACACAUUAAUAAUUUGACUGUUGCAUUAAGCCAACGCGAUGAUUGCACCCCAUAGAAAAGAAGAUGAACACACGAUCUCUGGGACGGUACGUACGGGAGGCCAUCGUCAGGGACUGUGAGAAUGCGGCGUCAAAUGAGUACUUUUUAUAGUCAAGCGAUGAAGGGUGAGUCCACGGCGUCUUACGGCGGCGUAACAGCGUGCAUCCUUGGCUGGGAGUUGGGUUUGGCCUCUUGACCGCGAGAACGGAGCGCGUGAUAGCAGGGGGGGUAUAAUAACGUGUCUGUUGAUAGAGUUUCUGUCAGACACCCAGGCCUCCAGCAGUUCUCGUUCUGCCUUAUCGCUGACCCGCGCCACUAUCCGCGUGCUCGCGAAGUCGAAUUCGUGGCCUCACUCCAGGGUGUGAGUGGGGACUUGAGACAACGGGUCGCCUCUCCGGACUGCCCGUUUAUGCUCCGUCUAGUGCGAACUAAGCCGUCGACCGGUCUGUCCUUUGUAAUGGCGAGGUCACUCCCGACAUGUGAUACGAUAAACGACAACCGACUGUUCUCCUAUGUCUAGUCGUUCUUUCACUCGCAUUAUUUUGCUGCGCAUGGUUGCUGUCGGUCGCAUGGUCGGUCGCACUGCUUAGUUGCUGGCUGGUACAGUCUUUGAUAAUCUGUGUUUACGUUGGCAGACGACAAUUGUUCAGCAGCUUUGAAAUGAUGACCCGUAAUAUUCCAUUAUUUUCUGGAAAAAUUAAUACCAAAACAACCUAAAAUAUUUGGGUAUCUACAAAAAUGACGUCGUGCACGACAAACAUGCCGACAGAGGGACCUCAAUUUCUUAGGGGCAGCACUUAGUAGAUUAAGUCGGAUGAUGUAUAACCGUAUGGGAUACUUCAAACAGAUGCCUGUUUAGUUUCUGCUGAAAUUCACAGAAAUUGGGGACUCCAAAAGGCAUUUAGUAGCAAUCCCUUUUAUGCUCUUCUUUUCCUGCUGACUGCAGAUCCGCCGCCUUCAUUGGACACCGACAAUAUCAAAGGCGAAGGACUGCCGUCAGUGAACCCCGUCAGUGAGAUACCUCAAUGUUCUAAGGCGCAGGCCUGGCAGCUUGUCCGCCAAUGCGUGGCUGAAAUGCUUGGAAUUGGAGUGAUUACCUUCGCUGCCGUUCGUAUGGCUGAGAUUGAAAGCGCAAGCCUUCCAGCCGCCGUUGUCAUUCCCUCGUCACUGGCGCUGGGCAUCUGGUUGGCUGGUCCAAUCAGCGGCGGACACGUGAAUCCUUCAGUUACACUGGCACUCACUCUCUGCCGCAUUGUCUCUUUCGUCUAUCUGCCCAUUUAUUGGGCAGCUCAAUACGCGGGAGCCUUCGCCGGAGCCGCCCUCGCGCAUGCCUUUCUUGACGGCAGUGCUGGGCCCUCGGAUCCACCUAGUGGGACGGCGUUGGGCAGUACGCCACUGCAGGUGCUUUCAGAGUACCUAGCCAGCACCAUCUUCAACCUCAUCGUACUGGUGUCGGCUGACUCUCGUCGUCCAGACGCCUGGUCAGGUGCCGGUUUUAAUAGUUGUCUAGCCAUCGGUUUAAUGGCCAUGGUCAACUCAGCGGCAUUUGUAAGUGUAUGCUUUUGUAAUGGAAAUUACUAACAGUGCUACUGUCCAAAGUUGAGUAGAAAUAUUUUACACUUCUAAUUAUUUUUGCGUUAUUAUAAAUGCGAACUUUUUUCGAUUGUAAUGUUCUGACGAAAACAGGACAACAUUAAACCUCUUGAAAAAAAGCUUCUAUUAACCCGGAUUUUUAUCUUUCCGAAGAACGCAUAGUUUAGUCCCAUGGCAGCCCAGACGCAAUGUGCAUGCUUUAUGCGGACGAGACAAUUAUUGUUUAACAGUUCCGUAUGGACAACUGCAUAUCUCUGGGUACCUACAACACUACAGUUAUUGUACGCAUAAUCUUCAUGCUUAUUUGCUAGUUUUUAAGUGGGGAUCAAAGGUCGAAAACAAUCUUUGAACAGGGGGAAAGUGUACGCAUUCGUUAUAGAUACUUAUUAGGGGUUUUUAGAGUGACUAAGUUGGGCACGGCGCAUAAAAAAUUAACAUUCACAACACUGUGACACUUCUCGAAACUCACUGACCCAAAUGUGAUUAAAUUCGUGUCGUCCGUCGGGGCCUCGUAGCUCAGGUGGUUAGAGCGUUGGCUGCGCUAUAGCCUUCCGCCUACUGCGUGGGUUCGAAUCCCACCGAGGCGCCGAGUUUUUCACAGUUGUGUCAAUAUGAACUUCUCGAAACCUUAAAUUUUCGCUGCUUUCGAGUGUGCCGACAUUGAAAAAAAUUAUUCAAUGAACUAAAGUUACUUUGGAACAGCAUUGCUCAGCUUCCGGAUCACGGCUAUUCGUAAUGGCAGAGGAAGUCCCGAAGCGAAUAUUGCCUAAUUGGUGUCAGCUUUGUUUAACGCAUUUUUAAAAUGACUUUGAGGAAUACCUAAUCGCAUCGAAAUUUGUGGGCAGAUUUAGGAAGUAGCUUCCGUGCGCAAACUGGUCCACACCAAAGUCACGCAUAUUCGACCCUUGAGAACCGAGUUUCAGGGCUCUUGCUUCUGGAUCACGGUUCUGCAGCGGCAGACUAUAUUAGAAAUAAUCAAGCUCAUAUGGGAGACGGAUUACAUCGAUCUGUGCGGCAUAACAGAAUACUCGCAGCAUUUUUUUCGAAAUGUACCCAUGCUACCUUUUCGUUAAGUUUCCGUCUUUAUUUCUCUUUCGCACUCCAACUGAUCCAUCCCCAAAACAUUUAUGCAUCUAUAGUGUUCCACGCAAUAAAAUCCUAACAGUAGUUAUAAACAAAAUAAUCAUGUGAGAAAGAGACAGAGCUGACUGCAGCAGAGUUAUGGUGUUUCUAGUGUUUCGGACAACUCCACCAGCACACGUCUAGCACUUCCUUCGCCAUUACUGUUGGGGGUGUCUACACUCCCAGAAACAAGAGCCAGCCAAUCACUGGAGGCUGAGUGCUCCUUUUCUUGCAUGCUGUCAACAUGAUGACGGCAGCUCGCCAUUGGCCGCUCCCAUUAAACCCGAUUGGUCCGUGCUCGCAAAAAAUUGAUCAGUCCGUCUAAAAUUUUCUUCUCGAAGCCCAUUGGACCGAAAACAGGUGAACCCCAAUCGGGUGUUACCAAUACGCAUUAUUUUCCCAGUUAGAAUGACUUGCAGGUUUCUAAUGCAUUUCUAGUGGCCGGUCGUAUCCUCCUUCUCCGCCUUGUCGGUAUCUGAAACAAUGGUCAAGUGCGAAUACGAUCCGCGUGAUUCUGAGUGCCAUGCCUAGUCAUAACAAUUAGAUGCACAAAGACCGAAACAGGACAGUUACACUAAAUUCAUAAAAACUGAGCAGACCCGACUUGACGACGAAUUCACCCGAAUGGGAGUCAGAAGUCGAAUAAUCCUCUUUUGGAGUGACAACACAUAACGCGAAAACCUCUCAAACUACCGAGGCAGCGAAAGAGGAAAAGGCUCAAUUAGCCCAAAGACGAUUGACUGCGCUGGAAAUUUCAAAUUCCGCCUCAAACAAUUUGAUAGUGAGGAUUCAACCAAGUACUCCGAAACGUCCGCAACACACUAAGUCUGUUCCGGCAAACUUGCUUUCUUUCUUUCACCGCUGCAAAAGUUUUUUUGCAGUUUGUUUACUCUAUUGUUCUGGACUGUUCCCGCUUGUCUUACCAAUCAGCGAUAGGAGUUGCGUUGAUUGGCUCCGAGCCCACGUGAAGGUAGUGACAAGCCUCGCGUGGUGCAGGCAGAAAAUCGACCGAAUGCAUGGUGCAUACAGUGAAUUGAAACGGACAAAUCGAGGCCGAGCGGACGUGCGUGCCAUAGCAGGCUGUCGCUAGGACGUAGGUGCAGGCGCUAGCGAGAGGCGCGACGUAGCCAUUAUGGCUGUCCACUACAGAUGUUGCAUUAAAGAUCGUAUGCAAGAUUUUACAAAUACAACAUCACUUUAUUUAAUUCGAUAUGCUGUAAAAAACUUUCUAAAAUGGGACUUUCUGGGAACGAAUUGUUGCAAAAAUUGGAAUUAACCUCACUCAUUUGAUUUACGUUUAUUUGAAGGGUACACAAUUUCCAUGUGGAUUCAACCCAGCAGUAUUUCUGGCUCCAUCGGUCAUACGGGGUAAAUAUGCCAAUGUUUUGGUAAGCUGUUCCAUGAAUCCAUAGUUUUCCUUACACGUUUCUAAGCCCAAAAUCAUUAAAGCCUCAAUGAUUACAUUUUCUGCAGUCAUUUAGACAUACCUGUCUAAAAUGUUAGCGUAUUGCUAACAAUGUUCAUAAAUUCACUUAGAAUGUGUGGUUUACAAAUUACUAUGGCAGAGAUUCCGAAUGAGAACCAAUCGUACGUAAGGACUGGUUAGUGCAGUGGACAUACUCCUCACCCUUAGCGGGGCAAGGAAUUUACAGCGUUGAAGGAUAAAAUUUUAUUUUUAUAUCACCCCCUGCGGUCAGUUUUCAGGGCUUGUCGCAAGCAUACACCAAGUGAAUAUAAAUAGCAUUGCUUUUUGUCUUGCUUGCAGAUUCACACGUUUGUUCCAUUUCUGGGAAGUAUCACUGCGGCUCUGCUUUUUCAACUGAUCCUGUGUCCAGACGCCGGCCAGAGAAGGACAAUGAAAUUCUUUACAAGCCGCCGAUUCCAACACCAUCGGGAUUAUAGAUCUCGCUCAGACGCUGCGCCGUAA